AUGUCAUCCCCCACGAGACGAGCAGACUUUAUUGGUCGGAGCUGGCUCGUGGUCAUCGGACCCUGGACGAUAAAUCGCCAAUUCCAGCACAACUAUCAGGGCAGUAAAAAGUCUGCCAAACUUAUCAGCGGCAUGGACAUCCAGAUGGGGAUUGAUCCACGUGUUGAACAACGGAUUCCGGACGUUAUUCGGCAACAGAAGCUCAGAAAUGUGCUAUUCAAUUCAGCCUUGAAGCAGUCCACUGCUGUUCGUCGUGAUCUUGAGACGUUUGCACAGGCACCAGCUACCGCAUCUCCUGCUCUUCAAGGACAAAUAUCUACCACCCUGACGAGUCUCUCGCGGACCUUGGAAGACUACCAAAAUUUAUCACGAAAUGAACUGAAUGAAGAGAAGAAAGAGAAGGCAGCCGAAAGAUUAAAGAAUUUCCGAGCAGAUCUAGCAUCGUAUCGCGCACAGUUUGACCAGCUGAAAAAGGAGCGCGAAGGUGCAGUGGCAGCUCACAACAGGAACGAACUACUUGGGAGACGACCUCAUCACGCCGCCACUCCCGAAAACCCAUACGCCCACGCAUCCGGCCAGAGUGCGUUUGCUCCGGCGCAUCGCAGCACCCAAGAUGGCCUGUCGUUUGGGGCGGACCCGAAUAAUUACGCGCGCGAGGACCAUGCGCUGCGGGAACAAAAUUUCUUCAGUACGGCCAAUGCUCAGCUAGAUGAAUUUCUAGACCGAGGCCGUGCUGUACUUGGCGACUUGGGACAGCAGCGGGAGAUCCUCAAGGGCACACAAAGAAGGCUCUAUAGUGUCGCAAACACCCUCGGAGUGAGCGGGGACACCAUCCGCAUGGUUGAACGGCGGGCCAUGCAAGACAAAUGGAUGUUCUGGGGAGGUGUGGUGAUCUUCUUCCUGUUCUGCUUUUUGGUCGUCUAUUUCCUAAAAUGA